CCCCUCGGCUCCGCCAAGCGCCGCAGCUGGCUGGCUGGUUGGCUGGCUGCUGGCUGGCUGGGCCAUGGUGGAGCAAGCCGACGACGCGCCGCUGCUCUUCUGGGCCGAGGGCCCGGCCGUCUCCCUCCCGGAGCCCGGCGAGCCCGGCGGCUGGGGGGGCUCCUGCUCUGGCGUCAAGGGGGAGGCCGCCGCCGGCGGUGGCGGCGGCCCCGGCGGGCGCCUCCAAGAGCAGGAAGGAGCCGAGCAGGUGGAGGAGGACCAGAUCUUGGCCGUGUUCGUGGUCACCUUCGAUCCCCGCACGGGUAACAUGGUUGAGUGGUGUUUGCCGCAAGACAUUGACCUGGAAGGCGUCGAGUUCAAAUCCAUGGCCAGCGGGUCCCAUAAAGUUCAGUCGGAUUUCAUUUACUUCCGGAAAGGCCUUUGCUUUGGCUUGGCCUGUUUCGCCAACAUGCCUGUGGAGAGCGAGUUGGAGCGUGGCGCUCGGAUGAAGUCUGUGGGGAUUCUUUCUCCUUCCUACACCCUGCUGUAUAGAUACAUGCACUUCCUGGAGAACCAGGUCAGACAUCAGCUGGAGAUGCCAGGGCAUUACUCUCACCUGGAGGCAUUUUAUGAUGACAAGAAAGGGGUCCUCCCUGCCGGCACUCUUGUUUCCCAGCAAACCGUCCACUGGCUGCCUUCCAUCCACAGAUACAUGUACCCAGAGAUGAAGAUCACGCACCCUGCAGGCUGUAUGUCUCAGUUCAUUAAGUUCUUUGGCGAGCAGAUCCUGACUCUCUGGAAGUUCGCCUUGCUUCGGAAACGCAUUUUGAUAUUUUCCCCGCCUCCUGUCGGGGUGGUCUGCUAUAGAGUUUAUUGCUGCUGUUGCCUUGCCAAUGUCUCCUUGCCUGGAAUCGGUGGGACUGUUCCUGAGUCCAAGCCUUUCUUCUACGUCAACGUGGCUGACAUUGAAAUGCUGGAGACGGAAGUGUCGUAUGUGGCCUGCACAACAGAGAAAAUCUUUGAGGAGAAGCGGGAUCUCUACGACGUCUACGUGGAUAACCAGAAUGUGAAGACCCACCAUGAGCAUCUGCAGCCGCUCCUGAAAAUUAACAGCGCCGACAAAGAAAAGUACCGGAGGCUUAAUGAUCAAAGACAGAUGCUGAUGUACUCCCAGGAAGUGGAUGGAGACUGCAGUUCUUGUGAAGAGGACCUUUUUAUCCUGUUCUUCAUGGAGCAGAACAACCGGAUAUUCCAGACGUUGAUGGAGGUGUCAGCCAGCCAGGACAAGACCUUGACAGCUGACCACGCCCGAGGAAUGGGCUUGGACCCCCAAGGCGACCGUAGCUUCCUCAUGGACCUACUGGAAGUCUAUGGCAUUGAUGUCAUGCUGGUCAUUGAUAACCCUUGUUGUACAUAAAGCGGAGAGCGGCGGCGGCAGAGCAGGAGACGGAGAACGAGUGCGAGAGGACGGCAGCCACUUGUUACCAAGACUACUGGAAGCACCAGGGCAGCCUUGCGGGAACUCACCACAGCUUGAAUCGUGAAGGAUUGCCUUUUAUUUAUGAGAACCCUCUACAGAAAGUGUUAUUUAUAUUCACACACACAUACACACACUUACACACUUUUAAUUAUCGCUCUUGGAGAUAACUUAAGUUGUGGCUUCUCUCUUCCAGGACAGACUGCGCAGUCAUACUGCCCCUCGUUGUGUUCUGUAAAACUGAUAGUCUGCUUCCUUCCUUCCCUUCCUCCCUGCCUGCUCUUAAACAACCCAGCACAUGCAGUUGCGAGAGCCUAAAUUUGGGUGGGUGGGGAAAGCACUUUACGCUCUUGGGGACCAAUGUGAUUUUUUAAAAAAAUAUAUAACACUG